GACGAGUUCAUGGACGCCUGCGCUGGCGCGCUAGCGGGGGUGCUAGCACCCGCAUCCUCUACCGAGAACCCGCAGUUAUACGCGCACUACGCCCUAGUCUGGCGGCUCGACCCGCUGGAGCACCGCUGGUACCGCGAACAGGACUUUGAGCCAGAACGCUUUUGCGACACAGUCGGAGGGUUUGGCAGGCUCUUUGCCACUGGCUUUAGCAUGAACCUCCGCCAGUUCCGAGAGUUGUACCUGCGGGGGCCCAGAAUCGACCACGACGUGCUUGUGCUGGAGUCGGAGGAGACAGGGCGAAUGGUACUGGGAAUGGUGGUGCGACACAGGGCGGUGGAGGGUAGAGAGACCGUGCGAAAAAAAGUUAGUUUCGCGUUGGAGAAAUAGAGGCCUUAGAAUUGAGAACAGUACAGUUCUGAACAAAGAAAAGAGAACAGGCCAGAGCGUUUGGACUGGGGAAAAGUCUGAGAGUUCUGAAGAGUACACUGAGGCUCUUAACACAGUAGAGGUCCAAGAGGCACCAAAACUGCAACGCAUCGUUUAUAUCUAGGAUAUUGAGCCAUGGAAUGGCGAAUAUGGCCGAAAUGGCUAAAAUGGCCGCAAUCGCCGAAACCGGCAGAGAUGUGUAAUGCAUAUACUCCGGGGACCUCUCAGACAGAAGUGGG